AGCUGCCCUCUCCCUCCUCCUCCACCCUUCCUUCCCCCUGCCCCUCCUCCCCUGCCCCGCCUUCCUUUCUCUCUCUGGUUUCACUAACUGAGAGCUCCAGGUAGCGAGCAGUUCGGUCGGUUUCCCCACCGCCCCACCCCUCUUCCUUCUCUUCCCCCCACCCCUCCCAUCUCCAGCCUGGUGGAGGAUGAAGCGGCUGCAGUGGCUCCAGCCCCUGCAGCGGCACCGGCGGUGGCUGCGGUGGGGGUGGCCGGAACUGGGGUGGUGAAGAAGCGGUGGCGGUGGCUGAAGGAGCGGCGGCCGCCUCAGCCGCUUACCCUGGGCUGCUUUUCCUCUUUAGUGCAGUCUGGAAGUUUUUCCGCUUCUGUUCGUGUGUGCGCGCGCAUGAGUGUGGGUGUGUGAGGUGAGGUUUGGGCAGCGUUGUGCAGGCGUUGGGUUUUUUGCCCACUUCGCUUCCCGUAACCUGGGCAGCUUUGGAGCCUGGGCUGUGGCCCUAGGAGGGGGCGCGGCGGCGAGCUCUCUCCUUUUGUUGUUGUUUCCUCCGCCUGGGGAGCUGAAGGGGGGACGCGCCUGGGUGGGGCGGCUCGGAGCCCGGGCCUGGUGGCCCCCGGGGCUCCCGGGCGGUCAGGGUAGGGCAGAGUAGAGCGGGCUUCAACAUGAUGGCGGCCGAGGCCGGCAGUGAGGAGGGCGGCCCGGUGACUGCCGGAGCAGGAGGCGGCGGCGCGGCAGCGGGCUCCGGUGCCUGUCCGGCGGUGUGUCGCGUGAAGAUACCCGCGGCCUUGCCGGUGGCAGCCGCCCCCUAUCCUGGGCUGGGGGAGGCCGGAGUGGCUGGGACUCUGGGUAGCGGAGCCGCUUCAGGGCCGGGGUUCCUGGGAGCCGGGUCCAUGGCGGGGACACUUGGGGGAUCCGGAUUGACAGGAGGAGGUGCUGCUGCUGGCGUGGCUGGUGCCGCUGCUGCUGGCGUGGCCGGUGUUGUUGCCGCGGGACCUAGUGGAGAGAUGGCUCUUACCAAGGUGACCACUUCGUUGCCUGCUGAUACUCUUGGGCCAGGCUGCGGCUUCCCCCCUUUGCCGCCCCCACCUCAGCUGCCUCCUUUGGGCGCAAGCUUGGGCACCGUGGAUGAAGGAGACUCUCUGGAUGGACCUGAAUACGAGGAGGAAGAGGUGGCCAUACCGCUGACCGCUCCUCCAACUAACCAGUGGUAUCAUGGAAAACUUGAUAGAACUAUAGCAGAAGAACGCCUCAGGCAGGCAGGGAAGUCUGGCAGUUACCUCAUAAGAGAGAGUGAUCGGAGGCCAGGAUCCUUUGUACUUUCAUUUCUUAGCCAGACAAAUGUUGUCAACCAUUUUAGGAUUAUUGCUAUGUGUGGAGAUUACUACAUUGGUGGAAGACGUUUUUCUUCAUUAUCAGACCUAAUAGGUUAUUACAGUCAUGUUUCUUGUUUGCUUAAAGGAGAAAAAUUACUUUAUCCAGUUGCACCACCAGAGCCAGUAGAAGAUAGAAGGCGUGUACGAGCCAUCUUGCCUUACACAAAAGUACCAGAGACUGAUGAAAUAAGUUUCUUAAAAGGAGAUAUGUUCAUUGUUCAUAAUGAAUUAGAUGAUGGAUGGAUUUGGGUUACAAAUCUAAGAACAGAUGAACAAGGCCUUAUUGUUGACGACCUUGUAGAAGAGGUGGGCCGGGAAGAAGAUCCACAUGAAGGCAAAAUAUGGUUCCAUGGGAAGAUUUCCAAACAAGAAGCUUAUAAUUUACUAAUGACAGUUGGCCAAGUCUGCAGUUUUCUUGUGAGACCUUCAGAUAAUACUCCUGGUGAUUAUUCACUUUAUUUUCGGACUAAUGAAAACAUUCAGCGAUUUAAAAUAUGCCCAACACCAAACAAUCAGUUCAUGAUGGGAGGCCGAUAUUAUAACAGCAUUGCUGACAUCAUAGAUCACUAUCGUAAAGAACAGAUUGUUGAAGGGUAUUAUCUUAAGGAACCUGUACCAAUGCAGGAUCAAGAACAAGUACUUAAUGAUACAGUAGAUGGCAAGGAAAUCUAUAAUACAAUUCGUCGUAAAACAAAGGAUGCCUUUUAUAAAAAUAUUGUUAAGAAAGGUUAUCUUCUGAAAAAGGGCAAAGGAAAACGUUGGAAAAAUUUGUAUUUUAUUUUAGAAGGCAGUGAUGCCCAACUUAUUUAUUUUGAAAGUGAAAAACGAGCUACAAAACCAAAAGGAUUAAUAGAUCUCAGUGUAUGUUCUGUCUAUGUUGUUCAUGAUAGUCUCUUCGGCAGGCCAAACUGUUUUCAAAUAGUAGUUCAGCACUUUAGUGAGGAACAUUACAUCUUUUACUUUGCAGGAGAAACUCCAGAACAAGCAGAGGACUGGAUGAAAGGUCUCCAGGCAUUUUGCAAUUUACGGAAAAGUAGUCCAGGGACAUCUAAUAAACGCCUUCGUCAGGUCAGCAGUCUUAUUUUACAUAUUGAAGAAGCCCAUAAACUCCCAGUAAAACAUUUUACUAAUCCAUACUGUAACAUCUACCUGAAUAGUGUCCAAGUAGCUAAAACUCACGCAAGGGAAGGGCAAAACCCAGUUUGGUCAGAAGAGUUUGUCUUUGAUGAUCUUCCUCCUGACAUCAAUAGAUUUGAAAUAACUCUUAGUAAUAAAACAAAGAAAAGCAAAGAUCCUGAUAUCUUAUUUAUGCGCUGCCAGUUAAGCCGGUUACAAAAAGGGCAUGCAACAGAUGAGUGGUUUCUGCUCAGCUCCCAUAUACCAUUAAAAGGUAUUGAACCAGGAUCUCUGCGUGUUCGAGCGCGGUAUUCUAUGGAAAAAAUCAUGCCAGAAGAAGAGUACAGUGAAUUUAAAGAGCUUAUACUGCAAAAGGAGCUUCAUGUUGUCUAUGCUUUAUCACAUGUAUGUGGACAAGACCGAACACUACUGGCUAGCAUCCUACUGAGGAUUUUUCUUCACGAAAAGCUUGAAUCAUUGUUGUUAUGUACACUAAAUGAUAGAGAAAUAAGCAUGGAAGAUGAAGCCACUACCCUAUUUCGAGCCACAACCCUUGCAAGCACCUUGAUGGAGCAGUAUAUGAAAGCGACUGCUACACAGUUUGUUCAUCAUGCUUUGAAAGACUCUAUUUUGAAGAUAAUGGAAAGCAAGCAGUCUUGUGAGUUAAGUCCAUCAAAGUUAGAAAAAAAUGAAGAUGUGAACACUAAUUUAGCACACCUAUUGAACAUACUUUCAGAACUUGUGGAGAAAAUAUUCAUGGCUUCAGAAAUACUUCCACCGACACUAAGGUAUAUUUACGGGUGUUUACAGAAAUCUGUUCAGCACAAGUGGCCUACAAAUACCACCAUGAGAACAAGAGUUGUCAGUGGUUUUGUUUUUCUUCGACUUAUAUGUCCUGCCAUCCUGAAUCCACGGAUGUUUAAUAUCAUCUCAGAUUCCCCAUCUCCGAUUGCUGCAAGAACACUGAUACUAGUGGCCAAGUCUGUGCAGAAUUUAGCAAAUCUUGUGGAAUUUGGAGCUAAGGAGCCCUACAUGGAAGGUGUCAAUCCAUUCAUCAAAAGCAACAAACAUCGUAUGAUCAUGUUUUUAGACGAACUUGGGAAUGUACCUGAACUUCCAGACACUACAGAACAUUCUAGAACUGAUCUGUCCCGUGAUUUAGCAGCAUUGCAUGAAAUCUGUGUGGCUCAUUCAGAUGAACUUCGAACACUCAGUAAUGACCGUGGCGCGCAGCAGCAUGUACUGAAAAAGCUUCUGGCUAUAACAGAACUUCUUCAACAAAAACAAAAUCAGUAUACAAAAACCAACGAUGUCAGGUAGCAGCCUUCACCCCAGUGUUCUGCAUGGAUUCAGCAUGCCCAACAUGGUAAUUCACAUCAGUAUAAUAUUCCCUUUGCUCUUGCCAAAAAAUAGCACACCUUUCCACAUUCCAGUGAUGUGUGAGCUAUGCAAACAAAACCCAAGAUUCUGCUGGUGACUGUGCCAGCAACUUUGUAAGCUAUAUGUGCAGGAUAUUUGCACUUUUUCCACAUGGAGUCAAUCCUUACCAACUCUGAGCCUUGUUGUACAGAUCACCUUUCACAAAACAAUUAUCCUAUAACUGUAUCUUAAACUUUGAAAAUAUAUUUUCAAUACAUUCAAUUGCCAAAGUUUUGCUGUCUCUUGGAAAAAGAACUAUGAAAUCAACUGACAAGAAAAGCAUUCUCUAUUGACUAUUGAGUACAACUGGACUGCAGACUGUUCUUCCUGAUUAGGACUAUGACCAUUUGACUGUUCAAUGACUUUAUUUGUAUUUACAGUUCCCAGAGUUUGCCAUUAUUAAUAGGAACAAUCUUUGCUGUAUACUUUUUUAAAAAUACUGUGCUAUUUCUCUUGCUGGAACUGUUGGAAAGAAAAUAUCUAGAAUGGAUUUAUUGUUCAUCAGCUUUAUUUUUUAAACAUACCACUUAUUUUGUUGAAAUUGUCAAAGACUGUAUUUAGAGCUCAUAACGUUUUUGUUAAAUGUUUACAAUAAUAACUAGUUUGAAUUCAAUAAAUAUUAUUGGUUGUUGUACUGAUCAAUGCAUGUUACCCAUUUUUACAGAUUACCAAUUUCUUUUCUGUUAAAAAAAGCUAGAAUGCUUUUUUUUGAAAGUAUUUGUUCGUUAAUUACAAGUUGAUUUUUUUGUGCUACCCCUUUGAUUAUGCAGACAUCAUCAUCAGCUACUUAUCCAUCUUUGAACUUGACUACUCGUUGUAUCUGCUGGAUAUUUAGUUUGACUGUAUAGUUUUAUUUGCUCCUGUAUGUGUAUUUUUGUGAUGUAUUCACAAAGGUUAAGUUAAAAUAAAAGCAAGAGAUAUCUUGCA